AUGUGUGCAGAUGGGCAUGCAUGCGGCCAGCGAGCCGCGGCCAGCACAGGAGCUCCAAAACCUCCUCAGAUAGUCCAAGAGGUUGGCAGGACGUGGCAGCUGGCGACGACGCGCUACGCUUUAUCAUUGUGCCGCCACCGACUCUGGGCCGUCGUCGCUGGGGCUCGAUCGCCGGUCGAUAAGUGUCAGGCACUCCUUCACGAAGCUCGUGCCCACUUCGCUCUUGACUCCUCACUUCCACGCAACGCGUUCCUUCACGCUGUGCAAACAUUACGGACUGCAAAUCGCAUCGCGCAUCGUGGACUCCAGGGCCAUACCCUCUACCUAACCCGCCUCCUCGGUACGCCAAAGACGUCAGACCAAGAAACGAAAUGGUCAAAGCGCUUCAACCUCACAAUCCUGUAUCCGCCGUUAUCGCUGCCACCCAAAAUCGCUUGUGAGCACGCGACAUCUCUACAGCUCCCCCUCUACGGAGGUGAGAGUCUGUGA